CUUUUUCCCAGACUAGGACUAGGCGAAUUCACGGCUCUUUUUCUCCGGCGGUUGAUUUUGCUCCUCAGUCAAGUGAGACCUAAAAUCUUUGGGAGAAGGAAGGGAAGAAAACAAAAAUGUCAAAGUCUUGUAAGGGCCUAGCAAUGGAGUUGGUGAAGUGCCUUAGCGAGUCUGAUUGCGUCAAGGUCGAAAACCGGUCGUUUAGAGAAUGUGCGGGAGAGAAGAGUCCUACAAUCUCGAGCGAGUGCGUCGGCUUGAGGGAGACGUAUUUCAACUGCAAGCGAGGCCAGGUCGAUAUGAGAGCUAGAAUACGAGGAAACAAAGGCUACUAAACUGUUGGUAAUGUCUUUACCAACUUGUAGGGAUGGAAUUUUGUGGUUUGAGUAAGAUUUUGGCUGAUUUUUUGGGAAUUGUGUUCAUCACUCAUCACGUGCAAAGAUUUCGUCAAGUUUAUGCCUUGCAAAUGAAAGUUUUUUAAUGAAGUCCUUCCAAUGAAACUUACCAAAGGCCACUUGUGCUUUCUAGCAUUUCUUACGUGCUUCCAUCCAGGUCCACCUUUUUUCUCCCUAAAUAUAAAAUUUUGGGCAAUAAACAUUGUAGAUUUUUCGUGUGAUUAUGCAUCAUAAUAACUCUUUGGGGGCAUUUAGUAGACAAUAAUCUAAGGACUCUUUGGGGGCAUUUAGUAUACAAUAAUCUAAGGGAUGUUUGGUACAAGAAUUAAAAUAUACAUUUACAGACCUCAUUUUGGGGUAAUUUGAAACCCACUUAACAUGGUUUUAUUCAUUUUUCUGGCACGUGAUACUCUCACUUUCUAUGAUUGCAAUGUUUACUUGUUUGUUUCAAUUGUUUCGUCUACUUGUUCUCCGUAAAGUAGAAUAGAAAACAUCAUGUAGAUUAGAACCCCGUUGAAUAGAUUUGGGAUGAACAUGUUCAAUUUAGUGACCAUAUAUAAAUACUCAUAAUGGAAUGAAAAAAGAUGUUCAUGUUGAGAUCAAGGAGCUCUUCUGCACUAUUUUGAUAAGAGGCACUGCUCAAGAGCAAAGCUCUCAGACUGGCUUUGGCUUUGCGUUUGAAGUUUUGCUGUCGUUAUCAUACGAAGAUCGACGUCUUCGCACACUUCUACAAUUUUACAUUGUAUUUUGCUUGUGUGGUGUUGAUAGUGUGGCCUCGCGAGGGGAAAAAGAGGUUAUCAAGCGUAAUGCAAUAACUAGAGAGUAAUACAUGUAUUUUGUUU